UUUUCAGGGAGAUACACCUAUCUACUUAUCUAUGGAUACACCACUCACAGAUUGGAUAAUAUAAAAAGUCUACAGUGUUUACUAAUGUUCUUCGAACCUAUAAACACAUAACAUGUAUAAUAAUAUUAAAAUGAAAGUGAAAAGAAAUGAAAAAGAUGAAACUGUAGGGUGCACCGAGUUCGAAGAGCGCAUCAAGUUUUGUUCAGAAAAAAUUGAAGAUGUUAAUAUUUCCGAACAAUUCAUUGAUGAAAAUGGAAUUCAUGAGAGGACAGUUUACUUAGAAUAUGUUAAUGAAAAUGACUUGAGACAAUCAGCCAAACACAAUGACUUUCUUGAUGAUUCUUCAAAAACAAAAGAAUUAUCUCAAUUUUGUGAAGAAUCUUCUCAUUCAAAUAGGAAGCAACAUAAGUGUCACCUGUGUGAUUAUGCUACACAUGAGAAAGUGAAACUCAAACAACAUAUAGAUGGUGUUCAUUUGAAUUUGAAGGAAUAUAAGUGUCACCUGUGUGAUUAUGCUACACAUGAGAAAGUGAAACUCAAACAACAUAUAGAUGGUGUUCAUUUGAAUUUGAAGGAAUAUAAGUGUCACCUGUGUGAUUAUGCUGCAACUCAGAAAAAUAGUCUCAAACUUCAUAUAGAUGGUGUUCAUUUGAAUUUGAAAGAACAUAAGUGCCACCUUUGUGAUUAUGCUGCAACUCAGAAGAAUAGCCUCAAAUAUCAUAUAGAUGCUGUUCAUUUGAAUUUGAAGAAAUAUAAGUGUCACCUUUGUGAUUAUGGUGCAUAUUUGAAAGUGAAUAUGAGAAAUCAUAUAGAUGCUGUUCAUUUGAAUUUGAAGAAACAUAAGUGUCACCUGUGUGAUUAUGCUGCAACUCAGGAAAAUAGUCUCAAAUUUCAUAUAGAUGCUGUUCAUUUAAAUUUGAAAGAACAUAAGUGUCACCUGUGUGAUUAUGCUGCAACUCUUAAAAGUAGUCUGAAACGUCAUAUAGAUUCAUUUCAUUUAAAUUUGAAAGAACAUAAGUGUCACCUGUGUGAUUAUGCUGCAACUGUUAAAAGUAGUCUCAAACGUCAUAUAGAUUCAUUUCAUUUCAAUUUGAAAAAACAUAAGUGUCACCUGUGUGAUUAUGCUUCAACUCAGAAAAAUAGUCUCAAACGUCAUAUAGAUUCAUUCCAUUUGAAUUUGAAAGAACAUAAGUGCCACCUUUGUGAUUAUGCUGCAACUCAGAAAAAUAAUCUCAAACGUCAUAUAGAUUCAUUUCAUAAGUGUCAGCUGUGUGAUUAUGUUACAACUUUGAAAGGAAAUCUCAAUAAACAUAUAUAUUCAGUUCAUUCGAAAAGAUAUAAUUGUCGCCUAUGUGAGUUCGUUACAAAUAAGAUAAUAGUAUUGAAACAACAUAUACAUUCAAUUCAUUUCUAUGAACAUAAUUACGCUAAAAAUCCAGAAAAUAAUAUAUAGAUUAUGUUCAUCUGAAUUAGAUGCAAGAUUAUACAUGUGAUCUCUGUGAUUUUUUUUUUUUUUUUUCAAAUUAUAAAGGUAUUUCCAAAUGACGUAUAGAUUGUGUUCAUGUAUAAUUGAAGCAACACACGUGAUUAUGCUCAGUCUGUAUAAAUUUUUUCCAAUUUUUUUCCAAUGACUCAAACGUCAUAUUGUAUAUUAGUCUCAAUUGAAGGAGAGGCUGGAGAGAUCAUUUAGAUAGGAUGGCUGAAGAUCGGAUAGCCAAAAUUGUAAAGGAAUGUGUACCAAACACGAGAGACCACCGAAGAGAUUGUACGAAAGCUGGAACUCAGCCUCCCAAGAGAGACCAAGGAGUUGCUACAAAACAGGACCAUGUCCUAGAAAACGAGGAAAAAAAGAAGAAGUCCAAUUUGAAUAAGGUUUUUUAUUAUUAGUAUUAUUACUAAUUUCAGCAUUAGGCAGAAUCUGAAUUCGAUGAGAAUACUGAGUCUUCUGAGUUCUGACUAAAGUGUUACAAGUUUAAAUUACAUGUUUGAAAUAUUCUUUUUGUGGCAAUUAGAAGUUAAGUUUAUAACAAUUGAAAUAUAUACAGUUUCUUAGUAUUAUAAAGUGUUCAAUAAUAUGAUAAGCACACAUUUGAUGAAUUCAAGGCUUCAAUUGUUUUCAAUAUAAAAUAAUUUAAUGCUGAGGUUUUUA